GCGGGCCUGUUUACUAUCAAAAAGAAGACAGACGAUUCAAUCAUGGAUAACUACCAGAAGCUAGAAAAGCUCGGCGAGGGAACGUAUGGUGUGGUCUACAAGGCCCGCGAUCUCGCCCAUGGCGGCCGCCUGGUAGCCUUGAAGAAGAUCCGCCUCGAGGCCGAAGAUGAGGGUGUGCCUAGCACGGCCAUCCGCGAGAUCUCGCUUCUCAAGGAAAUGAAGCAUCCCAACAUCAUGCGCCUCCACAACAUCGUCCACGCCGACGGCCACAAGCUCUACCUCGUGUGCGAGUUCAUUGAUCUUGACCUCAAAAAGUACAUGGAGGCCCUUCCAGUGAGCGACGGCGGCCGUGGCAAGGCCCUGCCCGAGGGCUGCUCGGCACAGCUCGCCCGUCUUGGCCUGGGCGACGUCGUCAUCAAGAAGCUCAUGCUCCAUCUGUGCGAGGGCGUCCGCUACUGCCACUCUCACCGCGUGCUGCACCGCGAUCUCAAGCCUCAGAAUUUGCUCAUCGAUAGGAACGGCAAUCUCAAGCUCGCUGACUUUGGUCUCGCCCGCGCCUUUGGCGUCCCGCUGCGCACGUACACCCACGAGGUCGUGACGCUCUGGUACCGCGCCCCCGAGAUCCUGCUCGGCGGCAGGCAGUACUCUACCGGUGUGGACAUGUGGUCCGUGGGCUGCAUCUUUGCUGAGAUGUGCACGCGAAAGCCCCUGUUCCCCGGUGACUCUGAGAUUGACGAGAUUUUCAAGAUCUUCCAAACCCUAGGGACCCCCUCAGAGGAAGACUGGCCCGGUGUCACGACAUAUCCCGACUUCAAGGCCUCGUUCCCCAAGUGGGUUAGAAACUCCUCGGUUGAAAUUUGCACCAACCUCGAUCAGACAGGUCUCGAUCUGCUCGAGAACAUGCUCGUCUACGAUCCUGCGGGCCGCAUCUCCGCCAAGGCCGCCGUCAAUCACCCCUACUUUGAGGGCCUGCCUGAGGGAUCGGCACUAGCUACAGCUUAA